AUGUUAGCCGUGGGGCAGAUGGAGGCUAACCGCCCGGGCGCCUUCGUUCUGAGCAGUACGCCGCUGGCCGCGCUGCACAACAUGGCCGAGAUGAAGACGUCGCUGUUCCCUUACGCCCUGCAGAAUCCGGCCGGCUUCAAGGCGCCCGCCCUGGGCAGCCUCAACGCGCAGCUCCCUCUGGGGACCCCGCACGGAAUCAGCGACAUCCUGGGCAGACCCGUGUCGGGGGCCGCCGCCGCCGCCGCCGCCGCCACCGCCACCGGCAACCUCCUCACCGGCCUGCCUCGGCUGAACGGACUGGCGACCGCGGCAGCAGCGGGGAUGUAUUUUAACCCGGCGGCAGUCUCCAGGUACCCCAAGCCACUAGCUGAACUGCCGGGACGGCCACCCAUUUUCUGGCCCGGAGUUAUGCAGGGAUCACCCUGGAGGGACCCCAGACUCGCCUGUCCCGCCCAGGCUGGGAUGGUUUUGGACAAAGAUGGCAAGAAAAAGCACUCCCGGCCAACUUUCUCGGGGCAGCAGAUUUUUGCGUUAGAGAAAACCUUCGAGCAAACGAAAUACUUAGCAGGACCGGAGAGAGCCCGCCUCGCUUAUUCGCUGGGAAUGACGGAAAGUCAAGUCAAGGUGUGGUUCCAGAACCGGAGGACCAAGUGGCGAAAGCGGCACGCCGCCGAGAUGGCCUCGGCCAAGAAGAAGCACGACUCGGAGACGGAGAAGCUGAAGGAGAGCUCGGAGAACGAGGACGACGACGACUACAACAAGCCGCUGGACCCCAACUCGGACGACGAGAAGAUCACGCGGCUGCUCAAGAAGCACAAGGCGGCCGCCGCCGCCGCCGCGCCGCUGACCCUGCUCAGCCCCUGCAGCAACGCCUCGGAGCCGUCGUGA